CUUGGGAAUCAACCGCGGAGCCUCUUUUUGUCUUUGCCUGAGUUGAGUUGAGACCACCGUUCUCUCUCUCUCUCUCAACCUUCAAUUCCUUAGCUCUUCAUGGACUAAUGGAAACCACCACAACUACACUCUGCCAUUUUCCAUUUACUCCCCAUCUCCAUAACCACCACAUCCUCCGCGGCCUCUACUCUCCGGAGCCCAGGUUCUUCACCACUCUCUCCUGCUUCAAGCCACGCCGUCGAACUCGCCGGAAAAACAAGCUCAACAAGCUCCACACCACUCACUUCCCCACCCACUCCACCGUCGACUCCUCCUCCUCCGACUCCAACCUCCAAACUGUCAUUGAACUCGACCACUUCGCCGCUGAAGCCUCCUCUCUCUUCUACUCCGUCUACUACUCCUCCCGCUCCCAAUUUCGGCAGUUUCUGUCAUCUGGAUUCGACGCUUUCGACGAUUUGCGGACAUUGAUUGCCUUCGAUGACCAGAAUCGCACGCUGACCGUCUCGUGUCGGCGUUCCACUGUGGAAUUCGUGGGCCAGUUGGUGCUAUUGAGCUUCGUCGUUGUCUUUGUUGUUAGGGUUGUACUUGGAAUCGGAUCUCGUUUGCGUAACAGAUUUAAUUCCGGGUAUGCUGCUCCCGUGGUUCGGAGGGACCGGAGCCUUGGGGGACGAGAGGUUGUUGUUGCGAGGAAUGUUGUUCCGCGAGAUAAAGCUACGGCGGCAAAGAAGAACAAUCUUCUUGGGUUAUUGGAUACUCCGCUGGCUUCAAUGGCUAUGGCUGAUGUUUCGGAUGAAGUUUCGAAUGGGGUUUGGGUAGGAGAAACGCUGCCAAAAUGGUGGCCUCCGGCAGUUCCCAGACGGAUUUCCACCGUGAAUAGGCAGGAGUACCAAAUAGAAGCUAACAGAUUAGUCCGAGCCCUCGUGGACAAUAGAAUGACCGGACGGGAUUUCAUGGAGGAUGAUAUUGUUCAAUUGCGUCAAAUAUGCAGGAUAUCUGGAGUAAAAGUAUCGUUCAACACAGAAAAUAUGCGUGAUUCGUUCUAUAGAAGAUCUGUGGACUUUGUUUUGAAUAUCUAUAGCAGGAUUCCAUUUUACUCUGACUCAAUUCUCAUUAAUGGUGAGGAUGGUCGAAAUUUUGUUGCUGGGCUUGCUGAGGACAUUGGCAUUGAGAAUGUUCGUGCUGCCAGGAUUGUUUCUGCUGCUGUUGCUGCUAGAAUGCGUUCAUGCUUUUUGCAGGCCUGGGCUCUGGUUAUGCAAGAUAGGCAUUCUGAAGCAAAUGCAGAGUUGUUGAAGAUCUGUCACAUUGUCCAGAUAUUUCCUCCUGAGGAAUCCUCUCCUGAGAUGGAGAUGUUGACGCUCGGCUUGAAGAAACACUUGAAGGUAGAACAGAGGGAAUCUUUAAUGAAAAUGUUUACUGGUGUCUGUGGUAAAGAUAGUCAUAGGACCGCUGCAGAAGCUCUCGGUUUGGUAUGCCCUUAAUACUCCCUCUCUCUCUCUAGCUCUCUUUAAUUUAAAGGUCUAUUAUUGCUUGUUGUAUAUCUUAGGCAUCUUUCUUAUCCACUUCAAAAGAAUUUGUCAGAGGAAAAUCAUCUACCCAGGACAUUUGAUUUGAUACAUGAAUGAGUAUACAUUAUACAAAUGGGUUCAUUAGUUUCUUUGGGUAUGAAUAAUUCAUUCAUUUCCCAUUUAUUUGUAUUUUCAAGUACAGACAUGAUGUUUGAUUCUUGGGAUUUGAUAUUUCGUUAAAA